AUGCCUGAUACAUUACCAAUUUCGUGUGUUUCUUGCCGAAAGAGGAAGAUUAAAUGUAACAAAAAGAAGCCAUGUGACCAGUGUAUAAAGAGACAAGUUGAUUGUGAAUUCCCUGCUACUUUUAGGAAUAUUAAGAUAGGUGAAGAUGGAGCAAAAGAAGGUAAGCAAACGAGCAGCGUGAAAGUGGAACAUGAGCCACGAGGGGUUGAUGAAUCACAACUGGAUAUACAUUUGGAACUACUACAGCAACAACAAACUCAACUUCAACUUAAUCAAGAACAAAUCAACCUUCAACAGCAGCAGCUACAUAACCAACAUCUCCAACAUACGAUACUUGAACAACAGCAACAAGGGCAACAACAAUCACAACAUCCAGAAUUGCCUCCUCGCGUACCACUACAAACUUUGACUGAGUCAGGAAGCAUCAAGAGUAGUAGUGGCACAAGUUCGAACUCCCUAUUGACAUCUACAUCUGCUCAAAGCUCGCUAGUAACAGACCCACCUUCAGUUACUGAUUCUACCGGAGCUGAAAGUGCCACAAAGAUUAUUUCGCGCGAUGUUAAUUUCAACCCCAUUUCUGGCCAAUCGGGAGAGUCAGGCUCAGAGUAUUCGGCAGAUCUGGCAAGAAUGCAUCCUUACCCAAGACAGAUGAUUUCAUCUGAUAUGGAUGACAUGUCAGUGAUGAAGAAGAAUUUCGAUAUGAUGAGAGCAGCCAAUUCACAGUUGUUGGAUGAAAACCGAGCAUUGACACAAAGGUUGGAGGAGAUUUUACUGAAAAUUUCAGUUUCUGAUACAACACCAGGGUCAACAACAUCUUCUUCCUCAUCAUCAGCUCCAACAUCAGCAGCAGCAGCAGCAGCAGCAGCAGCAGCAGCAACAACAACAGGUACAGCAACUGGAGGAGCCACCAAAAAGGUAUCCAGUACUAGCUCCACUUCAAGCUCUGGCACUAAACGAGAUCGAACUGCUGACUCCUCAUCAGAGGAUCUUCCCAAUAAGAAGGAAAAAGUUGGCUUCUUUGGUCACUCCAAGGCAAGCUUUCCCAAUGAUUCAGCAAGUGCAAAUCAAGGAAUGUAUUCAACAAAUAUUCCUGGUGUAGGUACUGUGCCAAAAAAGGAGAUAUCUAGUGGAUCAUCAGGUGGAAGUAGUGGUGACGAAGUUGGACAGCAGUUGGUUUCAACAGAAGUGCCACCUUUGUCUAGAGAAGCUAAAGCUGCCCAACCAGCAAGAAAAAUUCACAAAUUAAAGCGCAACAAAUCUGGUGGCGGUGAAGGAUCUAAUAACUGGGAAAUGGAUAUCGAUGCCUUCCAAACCCACCAAUCUGUCAAAUCGAACCGUAUGGUGGAAAGAAGUGGGAAGAAGAAGAAACUCCCAAUUCUACCUUCCUACUUGUUGAAAUACGAAGAUCCUGACAUCAGUGCCGAUUCCGAUACAAACCACGACGUUUUCCGUUUGAACUUUGAAGUAAUCAUGAAUUUGGUAUACAAAUUUUUCGAAAGAAGUCCAUAUUAUAGAACAUUCAUUUCUGCUUCGCAUGUAUUCGGAUUCUUGAGGAACUAUGAGCAAAUCAGUGAUAGAGAUUGGGAUAACGACGUUGACAUGAUGUUAAUUUAUAUGAUUUUGAGCUUGUCUGUUCAAAGACUUAGUUCGAAAGAUUUUGUGGAUUUGAACUUAUUGCCUGCAGGUUCUGUCAACACUUGCACAAAAUAUAGAAAGUAUUUGACAAGAAAUGUUUUGCACAAAGGCUUUGAAAAAUUAAGGCAUGGUUUGGUGAAUGAGUCUUUGUUGUCGAUUCAAUCGUAUAUUUUGUGCACUGAGUGGUACUUUUUGGAACAAAAAUAUGAGGAGUGUUGGACUAUGAUGUUCCACUCUUGUUCAAUAUCGUUUUCAAUUGGGUUACACAUAAUGGGAAACUACAGUUUACAAGAAGUCAAACCGGGUAAGCAAUUCAAGAAUUUGAUCAGUGCCACCGCUGAAGAUUCCGAUGUUAGUGACAAGAAAGAGUCAUCAGGAUCAGAAGAAGAUGACAAAGGAUUAGACGAAGGAUUGGAUAUAACUCGUUACAGACUAUGGUUUGCCUUGAAGUACUAUGUGUCGCUGAUUUGUUCCAUCUUUGGUAGGCCAAACCCAAUUUCAGUCCAAGUUGGUAUGAACGGCUCCAAUAGUGGAUUAGGCUCAGCCAUUCCUAAUGAAAGGGCUCACAUUUUAUUCAAAGUAGGCGUAUGUGAAUCAUUGAGAUUGUCUAAUCUAAUGUUGAUUGAAAAUUUUAUGAUUGACUUUACAUUGUCCGAUUUGCUUAAUUUGUCACACAAAUUCGCCCGCGAAAUUGCCAUCUUGAACGCCGCUUAUACCCUGAAUAAUGGCGGUUCCAUGAGUGGAGUGGUGUCUGCAUCACCUAACGAUUUUGAUUAUUUAGUGAUCGAUGAUUUCACUGGAAAACCAUUGAAAUACACAAGUUUGGAGUUGUUGGCUGACUUGAUUAUCUUGCACAUCAAUAAUGCCAAAUUGUAUGAACCUUUUAUUAGCAAAUUCGAAAACAUGGAAGGUUAUGAUCAGAUUGUGAAGGACCAGACAGAGUCGGUGGCUAGGUUUUUGGUGUUGUUGAAUACAUUUAUUGAAGGCUUUUUGAAGCAUUGUGUUGAUGAACAUUUCCAAGAAGGACAAGUAAAUGGAGGAGGUGAUUCAAAUGAUGAAUCGUUAAACUAUGGUCCUGUUAAAUUUGGUAAGCUUUUCAAGUCGUACUUUCCAUUUUUGAAUUCGUUCAUAUGCCAAGGUAUCAUUGUUGUUUUUACUUUGUUGCACUACAAGUCGAAGGACUUUGUUGCCAAUGAUGGAAAGUCACUAUUAAACAAUAAUUUCCUCAGAUUGGUUGAGAGCAAUUUGAAUUCACUCAUCAACUUUGAACAAAGGAUAUCAACAAAGUAUAUUACAACCUCGAGAAUGUGGUCAUCCAAUAUGGUUUACUUGAUCAACCGAGUAUUGAAUUUGAUCAAGUUGCUUUAUGAAAAGCAGGAGGAUAGUUCGAUUGCUGAGGAAAUCAGGAAUAAAAAGUCGAUAUCGGGAACAUCUUCGUCAUCACCAGAAAGCAAUUCUAAUUUGCCCAUCACUACUGCCAGAGGUAAUUUGUCGUACUUGCUCAAUACUAAUCCAUUUGGUGAUCCAUCCCAAUUUGAGUAUCUAAAUGGGUUCCAUUUGAAUGAUCCAUUUUGGUUGACUGUUCCAGAUGGUUCAAUGCCAUACUAUAUUGAAGUAGAUGGAAGACAGGAUAAGUCAAUUGCUGGAUUCAAACAGUAUACACGAGUAAAUGACAAUACUGGUAAUGGUAAUGACAGUAAGAGAGAUAACUCAACGGCUUCGAUGGCAACUGGUGGUGAUUCGAAUGGUGCAACUCCUUUGAGCAGUGCACCUAUGUCUGCUAUUAGUAACAGGCCAUCGAUUUCUCGACCACCAUCCGACAUGUUUGGAUUGAAUUCAAAUUUUGGAAACUGGAAUGAUGUUAGCAAUAUGCAAGGGUUGAAACAAACACCAAACAGUGGAGCCAACUCAUCAACAAGUACUCCAAACAUUGGAGUUGGAUUGACUGCUGGUGGUCGUAGGCCAUUAUCCUCAGGCUUACCACCACCUAUUCCAACACCAACAUUGCAACAGCAACAGCAACAGCAACAGCAACAACAGCAACAACAGCAGCAACAGUUGCCCCCACUUAUACAGGUACAAUUCCAACAACAGCAAGAACAGCAAAAGGACCAACACCCAACACCACCAUCACAACCACAGCCACAUCACCCUACACCAAACUUUAUGGGUGGUGGAUACAUGUUCCCUCAACCUUCCGGAUACACUCCACAGCCAUUCCACAGUGAUCAAUCCUUUUACAAUCAAGGAGACAAACAAGCGUCAAACAGAGAUAAGAAUUAA